CUCAGCUCAGCCUACAGGUCGCGUCCAAGUUGCUCUCGCGCAUAGGCAGUGAGACAGUAACAGCAGCUUGGUACAUGAAUGGGGGGCUUACAUGCGCUGGGCAUAUUUAGUCUUGGAGUCAUCUCUGGAGGUGCCAUCCUAUACAGCACGCGACCGAAAGGCGUCGCUUUAGAAAGUCAACUAGUCCCGAAAAGACCAGACGGACUUCCAGCGACAGUCUCACCUGCUAGCAUACUGCAGUACGGGCUGCCAGGGCCUAUCUCAGACUUGAGUGUCCGCACUGCUUAUGUUUCUGGCUAUGACAGGCGAAUGAGAAACCCAGCAUGGGUUGCGGAACAUUUAACACCGGAGAGGUUAGCAGAGCGUGUGGGCAAUCGUGGCAAGAGUCUCUUUGUCGAGGACGAGUCCAUUCCGGCAAAGUAUAGAGCCAGUCUCAAAGACUAUGCUCGGAGUGGCUAUGAUCGUGGGCAUCAAGUUCCAGCAGCGGACUGCAAGUUCUCGCAACAAGCUAUGGACGAGACAUUUGCCUUGAGCAACAUCUGUCCACAGGUCGGCGAGGGAUUCAAUCGGGACUACUGGGCGCACUUUGAGGAUUUCUGCAGAAGACUGACUGGCAAGUAUCAAUCCGUCCGCAUCAUCACGGGGCCUCUCUACCUUCCUUGCCGCGACAUUGACGGCAAGUGGAGGGUCUCAUACGAAGUGAUUGGCAACCCAGCAAGCGUAGCAGUGCCGACCCAUUUCUUCAAGGUAAUCGUUGCGGAUCAAGGCAAUCUGUCCGACAUGCCCGCAGUGGGAGCCUUCGUACUGCCAAAUGCGCCCAUCAGUAACAGUACCAAGUUGGGAGACUUUCUCGUGCCCUUGGAUGCCGUGGAAAGGGCGAGUGGGCUCGACUUUCUCCCGCGCUUGCCAGUGAACCGGCGGAAGGAGCUAUGUCGAGAGGUCGACUGCUCCAUCAUGGUUCGGCUCUUUGAGAAGAGUAAUCAAGGUUUGCUUGCCUCGCCCAAAGCAAAGCUGUAAGUGCGUCUGCAGAAAGUACGUUAUAACCCGGCAUUGCCUUCAUGCUACAUCUAAAGGUUUCCCGCGCUCUGCUCUUGUUGCACACGCUCGAUGUAACUACGCUGGAUGACGCCCCAGGCUUGUGUGUAGAGAU